AUGUCUUCUGUGAUGGAAACACCACAUGCAGGUAAGCUGAAAAAGUACGAGUUUACUCCUAUCGGAUAUGCGGAGGAAAAGCGUAAGGAAGGUAUUGAUCUACUGAAGGAAAACGGAUUAAAAAGGUCACUUGAAUCUGGCAGUGAUCUUCCUGCUGAGAGGAAAAGGGUACGUAAUCCUAGUGUAGUAGAUGAGACAUUUAGUUCUACAAGGCUUUUCAAUGAUACCUCUUUUGACGAGACUGUACCAGAGGGCAUCAUUCAAGAACGUAGGCCGAACUCAAGAAAGAAUUUGGUGGAUGAUUUACUUAUCAAGGAUCAAGAAACUACUGAAAACCUGACUUCUAAUCCGUUGAAAGAAACGGAGAGCAGUUUGAAGAAAUUGCAGAUGGAAAAUUAUAAUUUACGGAUUAAAUGCACCAGUUUGUUGAAGUUUUUGAACAACAUUUCUGAUGAUGGUGAGAUUGUGAAGAAUUUAGAGAUUUUAGAUGAACUUGAUGACUUGAAAGUAAGGUAUCGACAGUUGAAUCUCGACUAUACGGCUUUGCAAAAACAAUGUGAUAGAAUAGAGGAUCAGAAUGAUGAACAUGAAGAUAUAGCAAAGCUUAAAGAAUCGAAUGAUAAGCUGAAGGAAGAAUUACGCUCGACGAAAGAGAACCUAAUUGAUACGGAUGCACAGUUGCAACAGCUUAAAGAUACAAUCAAGUCCUUAGAAAAUAAAAUUUUCAAUAUGAGAACUGAACAGACUGAAAAGGAAUGCCAACAUGGAAUGCAGGUUGACCUUCUUCAAAGUAAGAUCAACGAGACCAGUACUUCACUGACUUCUAAGGAAAGAGAAUGUUCUGAUUUAAAGGAAAAAAUUAAAUGGCUUACAUCUCAGCUUCAAGAGUUUGAUCAUCAAAGCGGUAGUUUAUUAGAUCUUCAAUCAACGCUUGAUUCUAAAAAUGAAGCAAUCAGAAAUCUUGAAGCCCAACUACAGAGAAAUGAACACCAGAGACAAUCAUUGGAGAGAGAAGUAUCUUUAUUACAAGAGGAACUGUCCUCAAUAAGGGAGACCCACCAAAAGAUAAUCACUCAUAAAGAUCAACAGAUAAAACAAUUGACUGAAAAUCUAUCAUCGAGUGACUCUGAAGCAGUUAAGAGACUCAAUGAAUUAUCUUCUGAAAGACUAAGGUUGCUCGAAACUAAUAAAUCACUUAAGUUUUCUGAAAAAGAUCUCAAACAAACUGUAAAAUCUCUCGAAGAUCAACUCAAUUCUUGCCAAGAAGAGUUACAUGCUUCACAAGAUAAACAUAAAGAAAAAGUCAGUGAAUUGCUAAGAAAACAAUUACCAUAUACUUCAAGUGAAGUGGAAGCAAUGAGACAAGAACUACUUGAAAUGAGAAAGAGUAAUGACAUAUUGAAAACUGAAAACAACUCUUUGUCGAGAAGAUUAGAUAAUUUGAUAAGACAAUCUCCUUCAAAAAAAUCGGUCGAGGUUGACAUUCAAAGAAAGAACAACGAAAUUCGGGCGCUUCGUUCAACAGUGAAAGACUUGGAACAUGAAUUGCAAGAUGUAACAUCUAACGUUUCCAAGCUCAAGGAAAAUCAUAAGGAAGAGAUUCAAAAGUUGCGUAAGCAAGUAAACCCUGAUCUUCCCACAGAUGUUCUCGAAGAAAAAAGUAAAUUGCAGAACAGGAUAUCAUUGUUGCAGAUGGAACUAAACUCAAUUAAGGAUACCAAAGAAAAAGAACUAGCCAUGUGGAGAAGAAAGUAUGAAACGAUACGACGUUCAAAUGAGGAGCUUUUACAAGAGGGCAAAGAUCAAUCCGGCCAACUGUCCAAUAUUCUGAAUGAAAAAGACAAAGAAAUCUUACAGCUACAAUCAAGAUUUAACAGUUUGUUAACCGAAAAGAACUCUUUAUUGAAUGAACUUUCAAAAGUCAGGAGUCACAAAGAUGAUUACAAAGAAGAAUUGAAAAAGAAUCAAUCAAGAUUGGAAUUCAUCACUAAAGAAUUCGUGAAACUGAAAGACGCGUCAAAACAAGCAGAAAACUCAGAAGAUGCGAAAGAUAUUCUGAACAAUAAAUGGUAUUCCAAAUAUCAAUCCAUGAAGGACAAAUUUUUGGGGGAGUUGAAGUCACUCCAAGACGAAAAUUUGGAGUUGCAGAAGAGUUUAUUGAAACAGAAGGCAAAUCCAAAUUCCACAGCAGAGGUCUUCUCAAAAACUACUGAGAAGGGAACCCUAAAGGAUGAGAUUGAUUAUUACCGCUUAAAGUAUGCCAAUGAAGUUAAACAAAAUAAUGACUUGAAGACAAUGAACCAAUAUCUAAACCGUGUCUUAAGGGCAAGUUCUCAACACGUCAAAUUAGACAUUCUGAAGUUACAGAACGAAGUACCAGUUUACAACCCAUAUGCAGAUAUACCAUUCCACAAUAUGCGAUUCUCUCAUCAAAAGAUAAAAUUCAAGACCGUGGCACUUCUGGUCCUUUCAUGCAUCAGAAUGAAGACUACAAUUGAAGCUCGCAGAUGGGAUAGACAGAGGUUAGAUUAUUUGAAAAGGAAAAUUGUUCUGAAUCAAGACAACAUCUCUUGGUAA